GCAUAUUAAUGAGAGAGGGACAGCGGGCUGCUUUUAAAAAGAGCUGCUGCCUGCCUCCCCACAGAAAAGCAACCAGAGAGACGGAGAGAGAGAGAGAAGGAGAGAGAGAGAGACCUAAACCAGUGAUUGGAGAUUCAUCCUAGCGCUCAGGACGCACAGACGGAGUUGCACAACCAGCGCUCCAAAAAGGGCUCCAAAAGCAGAGAAACCCUCCGCGCUGCUUCACUUCUGUCGUCCACCAACAGCUGCAAGUGGAACUAAUUCACCCCUCUGAAGACUUUGUGUAAACUGUUUAUUGGUUUAACGCAUAGAGGCGGUUUGGACAGCUCGGAUUUUGAGGGGAAAAAAAACAUCUUUGAAGAAAAUGCAUCGGUGCACAGCGGUGCUACUUUUGUUUGUGGUGGCCUUAUACUUCCUGAAUGCAGAAGCCUACAAGUGCAGGUGCACCAGAAAAGGACCAAAGAUCAGAUACAUGGACGUACAGAAGCUGGAGAUCAAACCCAAGCACCCGUACUGCCAAGAGAAAAUGAUAUUCGUGACGAUGGAGAACGUGGCCCGCUUCAAAGGUCAGGAGUACUGUCUUCACCCCAAACUCCAGAGCACCAAGAAUCUGGUCAAAUGGUUCCGCAUCUGGAAGGACAAGCACAGGGUGUAUGAAGCCUAAUCCUCGGCUCCCCAGCACGUGAGGCUCAAGCGAGACAAAACACACCAACAGGACUGUUUUUGAGAAGCACAAGGUGUAAUCUACAAUCAAACUGUACUGCCCCCCCCCCCUCCUUCUGCCUGAAAAUCUAUCGAGCACAUUAAGAGAUAUCUUUAGUUUGUAUAUAAAUAUAAUGCUGGUCGGCUCGUUUUAAUCAGCCAAUCUAUCUAGAUGCAGUCAACCACCACGUCUGUCUUUACAACUGUAGCUAUACUUUGUCUUAUAGUGGACGAGACGCCGCCAUCUGUUCCCACAGGUGUAGGCGUCGUUCAGUUUUUACUCUAAGGGACCUUUGUGUUGACGUUUUUUGAAGAAGCAGGAGGACUCUCCUUUUGAAGAUGCAGUGUGGGUGUUUUAAUUGUUAAGAUUUUCACUUCUCUAUAUUCAUAUUUUACUGGAAGGAUAUUUGUACCAUGCCAACAUUUACAGUAGGAUCUGUUAACCUGGGUUUGAGCGACACAAAGUCAGUCUGCGGUUCAGCUUCUGCAGCCGUUCCUUCAGAGACAUGAAACCUACCACUGUGUGUGUGUUCACCGUGUCAUCAUGCUAGUUAUGAGUGUCAAACAAACACGCUACUCUUCAGCACUCACCUUGUCAAAUAGGAUCUGAAUGAUUGCCAGGGUGUUGUGUCAGUACAUUUUAAAGAAUGGAAAGUAGUUGAUUUUGUGCCAUCUCUGCAUACAUUACAGUCUGUGGACUG